AAAGGGUUGGAUGUUCAUUAAAGGAGGUGGAUGAAGAGUUUUGCCCCAUGGAACACGAGGACAUUGACUCAGCACUUUCAGGCUCCAAGUGCCUGUGUGCUCACCAAGGGAGGGCAGCAAGCACAGAUGCACUUGGUGGCUCUGAAGCCACAGAGGAUAUAGAAGAAUUGAAACAAAGAGUGAAGAAUAUGCAAUGUGAGCUUGAAAAGUACAAAAAGUUCCUGUUGCAGCUGCAGAGCUCUGAGCAGCCCUUGUUCAGUGGUGUUUGCAAUGGGGUUGUGAGGGAUGCAGCCCUGCCUGGGGAAGAGUUUUUCACACAAGCCAUGGAGGGAAUCCAAACAUCCUCUGGUGUCCAUCAGCUGGAUUAYGAGAUCCACACCAAAAACAGGGAUUCUGAGUCUUUGAAAGCCCCUGAGGCAUGGGCAGCACAGCACCUUAAGGAGCUACUGUUGGCCAAUGAGGCAGAACUGGACAAARAGCAGGUUGUGAAUAUGUGUCUGGAUGAAUUGUAUCCCCUUCAGAACACUGUGAGAGCAGCAUCACCGUCCAACUACGAUUCAUUAGUUCAUUCCCAAGCUCGGGAGCUGUCCUUCCAAUGCCAGCAAAUCAAGGAGAUCCGCUGUGCCUGCCUCACCUACCACGAGCAYCUCACCAACCUGGUCAAGGCCUUUGAGGAGCUGCUCCAGGCCAGUGAUGUCGAUUAUUACGUGGCUGAAAGCUUCCGUGAGCAGCUGAACCAAAGUGUGCUGAUGUUUGASAAGCUGGAAAUGAAAUUCCUCUACGGAGAAUCRAUAGGUACAGAAGUCACCAUACUUUAUGAAUUAGCUCAAAGGGAUAAUGAGAAGAAUGCCAGCAUGUGCCAGCAUCUGCAGGAUGAGUCUCCUGUGCCAUCUGCUCUUCAUAGCUUGUCUGACUUUGAUUUGUCAGAGAAGUCUCCUCUUGGCUCACCUGAGCACAGGCGUGACCWGGAAGGCCAGCCCAGCACACUGCCACUGCUGCCAAGCAAAUUUCCUCCAGAAUUAUUAAUGGAACAUCUGCAAGAAAUUAGAAUCCUGAGACAACGUUUAGAAUACUCCAUAAAAACUAAUGAGAGACUGAGGAAGCAGCUUGAGAGACAAGUAACAGACAAGGAACUAGAUCAAGAUAAACAAAAGGAAAAUGAAAAGUUGAGAGAAUCUCUUUCUAAGAAGAAUGCAAUCAUUGAGCAUCUUCACAAAGAUCAUGAAUGCAUCAAGAAAGAAAACGAAAAGUUGCAGAAACAAAUUUGCCAAAAGGAAGAUGAAAUCAGAUACCUGACAUGUCAAAUUUACAGCAGUCGCAAUGAAUUAAACAGGUUGCAAACAGACAUUAAUGUAAAGCACCAUCAGAUCUCUGAGAAUGAGAAGUUGCUGCAGUCACUGCGSACUGAGAUCAAAGUUUAUGAGAAGCUGGAAGAAGCAAGAAGGAAGGGAACAGAUUCCAGAUGUGAUGCCUCGGAAGAAUUCCGGAAAGAUCAGAAUAAUCCACUGGAUUUACAUGAACUGUUGGUUGAAAUCCAGAGCCUGCGAGUGCAGAUGGAGAGGAGCAUAGACACCAACAAGAGUCUGCACGAGAAAUUAGAGGAGCAGCUUUCCAAAGGGAAGAGACAUGAAAUGGGAGCAGGGUCAGCUGUUAAUAUCAACUGUCUCUUGAAGCCAGGCCCUCAGCACCAUGCAGGAGUGGAUGAAAAUCUCUGCAGCUGCCCUGCUGCCAGCAGGAACAUUUGUGAGCUGCGGAAGCAGCAGAAUGGAUGCUGCGUUUCAGUGGGGAAACCAGGUACUCAAGCAGCCCCUCAGGAGGACGUGGACAAUGCCUCCCUGUGCAGCAGCACCUCAGGCUCCAGCAGGACGUGCACCCCUCGCCUGGUGCCCGGCCAUCGGAUGUGGGCGGACAGGAACGGGCGCCACGUCCUGGGACUCAUCGAGGACUACGAUGCCCUGAGGAAACACAUCUCAGAGGGGCAGCAGGUGCUGGCAGACAUGGAGAUUUCUCUCAGGGAGCUCAGUGGGACCAAGCUGCAGGAGCCUGGAGUAAAGGUAGCAGACCAGGCAUCCCUGCAUGGCUUUUCCACCAGCACUCACACAGUGCAGCAGAUUUUGGAGGAGGCUGCACGUUCCCUGAAGCUUCUCUGGAGAGUUUCUCUACCCCUGAAAGCUGCUCAUGGUWCUGCUCAGGGCACUCAGGAUGAAGGAAUGAAAGCAGAAAUAUUUAGGUUACGUAAGAAACUGUCUGAGCAAGAGAAGAAGUUGCACAGCACUGUGAAACGGCUGCACUCCACAAACCAGCUGAAGGAGAACAUGGAGAAAGUAAUCAUUGACCAGUUGGUUUUAACUCAUGAUGUCUUGAAGAAGGCCAGRGGAAACCUGGAAGUUCCACCAGCUGAGAAUCAAAAAUCACCUUCCUACACCAGCAAAAAGAGGAUUCUGUGAAGGAGAAAGUUCUGCUAACAGAGUCUGGUCCUGUGAGUGCUGUUUGCUUUGUGCUGCCUUACUAUUUAUUGAUGUAAAAAAAUGUUUGUUCAGCUCUUUUAAUGGAAUCAGCCUUUGACCAAAAAAAAAAAAGGACAAAAAAAGACACCUUUUGGUAAAUAACUUAUUUAACAUUUUCUGUAAUGUAAAGAUGGUUUUUAAUAUUUAUUACAGAAGCAAGGUACUGCAGGUAUUGAGGAAAAAUGYAGAUUUUUUUAAAGCUGGCACAUUUGAAAUUUUAUAUUUGUACUUGUCAUGUUAUAAAACUAUUUGUUGUUGUAGUCAAACAGGUCCUGAAAGAAUCAAGAAUGUGAUUUAGCUUCCACUGUUUCUCUCCUGCUAAAAGAAUGUAGGUUAAAAAAAAAAAGACAUACUGCCAGUUGUCAUUGUUUUGUAGCAAUGUGAAAAAUGUUCAAUAUUUCAAAGCAUUUUAACCAUCUCUGGAAGGGUUCUUCUGGAAGCUGCCUGAUGCUGGGCUUUGUGUUAGGUACUUAGAAUGAUGCUGUGUCUGAAAAUGUUACUUAGAAUCAGACAAUUAAAAUGAAAAAUAAUCACGGAUGCRUUUGUGUUGU